UCACACAACACUCCUCACACUUUCCUUCACCACCACCAACACAACAAUGAACUUUCUUCUUCUCAUUCUCUUCCUGCUUUCUCCUUUAGCUGUACUUUCUCUUAACCAAGAAGGCCUCUACCUUCAGCAUGUCAAGCUCGGGCUUUCCGACCCGGACUCCUCCCUUUCCUCCUGGGAAAACUCACGUGAUGACACUCCCUGUUUGUGGCUUGGUGUCACCUGCGACUCUCGCACUCACUUUGUCACCUCCAUUGAUCUUUCCAGCGCCAACAUUGCUGGUCCUUUUCCUUCUCUCUUAUGCCGCCUUCAGAACCUCACUUUCCUUUCACUCUACAACAACUCCAUCAACGACACUCUUCCUGAUGACAUCUCUGCGUGUCAAAGUCUUGAGCACCUUGACCUUGCCCAGAAUUUACUCACGGGUACACUUCCUCACACUUUAGCUCACCUUCCUAACCUGAAAUAUCUGGAUUUAACGGGAAACAAUUUCUCUGGAGAAAUUCCUGAAAGUUUCGGCAGCUUUCAAAAACUCGAGGUUAUUUCUCUUGUCUACAACCUUAUGGAUGGGACCAUCCCGCCAUUUUUGGGAAAUAUUACUUCUCUUAAAAUGUUGAAUUUGUCUUACAACCCGUUUUUGCCGAGUCGGAUUCCGCCGGAGCUUGGUAAUCUAACGAAUUUGGAGAUUCUUUGGCUUACUGAGUGCAAUUUAGUGGGUGAGAUUCCUGACUCACUGGGUCGACUCAGUAAACUCGUUGAUUUGGACCUGGCGCUAAACAAUCUAGUUGGUAACAUCCCGAGUUCACUCACUGAGUUGACCAGCUUAGUUCAAAUUGAGCUGUACAACAACUCAUUGACCGGAAACUUACCGGCGGGAUGGUCUAAAUUGAACCAUCUGAGACUCCUCGACGCCUCAAUGAACGACUUGACUGGGCCAAUUCCUGACGAGUUGGCUCGGUUACCGCUCGAAAGCCUCAAUCUUUACGAGAAUCGGUUCGAAGGGAACUUGCCGGCAAGUAUCGCUGACUCACCGAAUUUGUACGAACUCAGACUGUUCCGAAAUCAAUUCACUGGCGACUUACCCCGAGAUCUCGGCAAAAAAUCACCGCUCAAAUGGCUGGACGUGUCGAGCAACCAAUUUACCGGCGAAAUACCAGCGGGUUUAUGCGAAAAAGGCGAGCUAGAAGAGUUGUUAAUGAUAUAUAACAAAUUCUCCGGUCAAAUACCGGAAAGUUUAGGUGAAUGCCGGAGCUUGACACGUAUCCGGCUAGGUUCCAACCGAUUAUCCGGUGAGGUGCCUCCGCAUUUCUGGGGACUUCCCCACGUCUACUUGCUUGAGCUCUCUGACAAUUCUUUCUCUGGAGAAAUUUCUAAAACGAUUGCUGGAGCAGCCAAUCUCUCGCUUUUGAUUAUAAACAAGAAUAAUUUUAGUGGAUCAUUGCCUGAAGAGAUUGGUUUCUUGAAAAAUCUUCUCGUGAUUUCUGGUAGUGAGAAUAAGUUUAGUGGGCCCCUGCCAGAGAGUUUUACAAAUCUUGGUGAGUUAGGAACUCUUGAGCUUGAUAGUAAUGUUUUAUCAGGUGAGUUACCGAGUAGGGUUCAUUCAUGGAAGAAAUUAAAUGAGCUUAAUUUGGCGAAUAAUGAGUUUAAAGGGAAGAUUCCUGAUGAUAUUGGAAGUUUGUCUGUGUUAAAUUAUCUUGAUUUGUCCAAUAAUCGUCUUUCCGGGAAGAUCCCUGUUGGCUUACAGAAUUUGAAGCUAAAUCAGCUUAAUCUUUCCAAUAAUAGGCUUUCCGGCGAGCUUCCACCGAUGUUUGCUAAAGAUACAUAUAGGAAUAGCUUCCUUGGUAAUCCUGGUUUGUGUGGUGAUUUGGAGGGUUUGUGUGAUGGUAGCGGUGAGGAAAAGAAUAGAGGUUAUGUUUGGUUGCUGAGGUCUAUUUUUAUACUUGCUGCCUUAGUGUUUGUUUUCGGUAUAGUUUGGUUUUACUUGAAGUACAGGAGAUUCAAGAAUGCAAGAGCUAUUGAUAAGUCAAAAUGGACGUUGAUGUCGUUCCAUAAACUGGGUUUCAGUGAGUAUGAGAUCUUAGAUGGGCUUGAUGAAGAUAAUGUGAUAGGAACUGGAUCUUCUGGGAAAGUGUAUAAGGUUGUGCUUAGCAAUGGAGAGGCUGUUGCCGUGAAGAAGCUCUGGGGAGGAGUUAGAAAAGAGUGUGAAAGUGGUGGUGAUAUUGAGAAAGGCCAGGCUCAAGGUCAAGUUCAAGAAGAUGGGUUUCAAGCUGAGGUUGAGACUUUGGGGAAGAUUAGGCACAAGAACAUUGUUAAGCUCUGGUGCUGUUGUACAACCAGGGAUUGUAAGCUUUUGGUCUAUGAGUACAUGCCAAAUGGUAGCUUGGGUGAUUUGCUGCAUAGUAGUAAGGGAGGAUUGUUGGAUUGGCCAACAAGGUACAAGAUACUUGUUGAUGCAGCUGAGGGACUUUCCUAUUUGCACCAUGACUGUGUUCCUUCAAUCGUGCAUAGAGAUGUUAAGUCUAACAAUAUCUUGUUGGAUGGGGACUUUGGUGCCCGAGUGGCUGAUUUUGGUGUAGCCAAGGUGGUUGAUUCAAGUGGAAAGCCCAAAUCAAUGUCUGUCAUUGCUGGUUCUUGUGGUUACAUUGCACCAGAGUAUGCCUACACACUUCGGGUGAAUGAGAAGAGUGACAUAUACAGUUUUGGAGUAGUCAUUCUUGAGUUAGUCACAGGGAAAAGACCCGUUGAUCCAGAGUUUGGGGAGAAGGAUUUGGUUAAGUGGGUCUGCACCACUUUGGAUCAGAAAGGAGUGGAGCACGUUCUUGAUCCCAAACUUGACUCCUGUUUUAAGGAGGAAUUAUGCAAGAUCCUCAACAUUGGACUACUUUGCACUAGCCCGCUGCCCAUCAACCGCCCAGCAAUGAGGAGGGUGGUGAAGAUGCUGCAAGAAGUGGGCGGAGACAGCCAGCCCAAAACUGCUAAAAAAGAUGGGAAAUUUUCACCUUAUUAUUAUGAAGAUGCCUCAGAUCAGGGAAGUGUAGCUUGAGAACUUUUUUCUGUAGGUUUUGUUUGAAAAGCAUGGUUGUUUUAGGAGUCACAUAAACUCCUAGCUUGUUUUUUGGUUCUUAAGCUAACUUCCAAAUUUUCAUUCCCACUUGGAUUUGCUUUACGGGGUGUGGAGGAAACGGAGAAAGAAGAAAACAAAAUGGGGAAUGGUUAAGGUGUUGAUGUACACUGUAAAGUUCUUAAACCCUGAUGAGGAUAUUUGCAUUG